AUGGGUGUGAGCAUCCUACUUCGAGACAGUCCUGCGACGCCGCUGUCAAAGCAAAGAGCGGGAGAGCAAGAUUCCAAUUAUAACACUUUGAAACAAAAGCGGCGAGUUUCGUGGGUUAUGUACAACAUAACGCGAAUGGAAACAAUCCGAGCCAAAAUCGAGGUUCUAUCUGCGCUGCUGAUUAACUGGCGUCAGUUAGCAUGCUCUCACCGCAAGACCAAACUCGCAUUAUUUAACUGGGGCAUAGGCACAGCUCUGGAAGCUCUACAGUAUGCCGCCCUCUUAUGGGAAAAUACAGAUUGCUCUUCUCCCGCCAUUCUCCGCUCAAAAUCAGGCCAGUCCGUCACGUUUUCCAAACCUCAUCGAUCUGUGGAAAACUUCUUGGAUUUAGCAUCAACUGGUGCUCGAGACCAUGGUGGCAAUGACCAAAUAGUUGAAGAACACGAUGCAUUUGCUGCUGCAGCUUGA